CUGACAAAAAAUGAAACAAUAAAUUUGCCCAUGUCAUGUAGUGAUCACAUACAACCAAACAUUACUGAUAACAUGUACAGGACUAUAAAAUAAUAUAUCUUGAGACAGACCUGAGUGCAUUCGGUUCCCCAAUUAAUCCAGUGUUUCUGCACUCGUAGAGAACACUCGCGUGAAAUGGGUAAUAAAAAAGGUCCAAUCGGUUGGCUGGAUAAAAGCUUCUUUGAGAAGGUGUUAGGCCAAGCGAAAAAUGACAAAUCACUAACGGUGAAGGAUUUCUUCAUAAAUCGACAUGUGAGUGCUAGUGAACAAUUUUCGAGCACAUUGUAUCGGGCCAUUGUCAGCUAUCGGUCCAAGGAUAGGCUGGAACAAAUUGCAUUUGUCAUCAAGCUAACUUCGUCGAAAACUAACCGACUCGAUGAUGUUGCUUCAUUCGAGAAUGAAGCCAAUCUGUACAAAGAUACGAUUAGACGGAUGCAGAGUUUAUUCAAAACUUCAGGUGAAGCUAAUGUCCAGUUAGCCCCAGAACUAGUGUUUGUCUCUGUUGAUCCCCAGCCUAUGAUAAUUCUAGAAGAUGUAUCUUCCAAAAAAUAUGAGCUUCACAAAGGUUUAAUGAAUCUGACUAAUUCUAUGUUGGUAGCCCGGAAGUUGGCGAUUUUUCAUGCUUCUUCCUAUUCUCUGCUGAAUGAUACCAAGAACAAAAACCCAAUAAACGUCUCAAAUGGCCUUUUCAAUGGGACGGCAAAUGACGGAGUGAAAUUCAUGGAGCAAAAUUUCGUUAUUUUUGUAGAAGAGAUAUCAAAGUGGAGUGGAUUCGAGAAGUACGCGGAAAAUUUCAAAAAGCUUAUACCGAGCUUUUGGCCUCUUGGUUUAGACAUUUUUAAACAAGACAACCGAGCCUUCGCUACCACAGUGUUGAAUCACGGCGAUUUUCAUUACAAUAAUAUGCUUGUUCAAUUUGAUAGCAGUAGAACAUGCGUCUCUGAUAUACUGUUUAUUGAUUUCCAGUUGAGCUUUUACGGUACACCUGCUGUAGAUUUGAUAUACUUCCUAUAUUUGGUUUGUGAUCGUGAAACACGUGAUAACCACAGACAGGAACUGAUUUAUCACUACCACCUGGCACUGGUCGAAACCUUAACAAAAAUAGGAUUCUUGGGCAAGAUUCCUACUUUAUUGGAUCUAAACUGUGACUUACUGAGAUGUGGGUUCUUAGAAGUUAUCAUUUCAGUUUGCUUCAUGCCAUUCCUUUUCGCCGAUUACAAUGCCAUACAGAAUGUAUUCAGCAGCGCUCAAAAUGCAACAGAGUAUAGGAGACAACUGUACAACAACCCACAAUAUGGAAAGUUGAUCGAAGGUUUAUUACCAUAUUUUCUGCACAAAGGAUUCAUCUGCUAACGGACCUUCAGAAAACGUAACACGAAAAAAGAAAGGAUAAUCUAUGAUUGCAAUGCCAAUGCGUUCGAAGAGUUUUCGAAUUUUUUAUAGCUAAAUACGUUAAGGAAUGGAAAUAAUAAAAAUAGGGGAAAUGAGGGUAAGUCGGACAUGUUAAGAAGAACUUCAAUUGUAUCUUUGGAAACUCAUAUUUUCCAAAACAUAAAAACAGUUUCUUGCCGUUCAAUAUACUGGUUUUCGAAA